UAGCUACACUACAUAGUUGCUAAGCAGCUUCUGAUUCCCAAAUCAUUCCAUCCAUCCAAAGGAGAUAGCUAGCAUAGACAGGCAUAGGACAACUCCGUCAAGUUAUCCUCGUAGACCAACUAAAUCUUACAUUCCUGAAAGAUUGCUCGGCAGAUUCUUGCAUUCAGCUGCAAGUCAUCCGGGAAGAAGAACAUCGGUCGGAGGGUGAGGGAGAGCUCGCAAGGAAGGAAUGGCUUGGAGUGCAUUGUAGCAUGAGGUGGCAGUGAGGGAGAUUAGAGGGUAGAAGCUUUCCCUGUUCAUCUUCUUCCCCUUCUACCACUGUUGGCGUAAGUACCUUAGGUGUGUGUCGAUCGAUCGAUCUUGUUCAGCUUGGGUGCUUGCUCCUUUCGAUCUUGGUGGUGCUGUUCUCGCUGAGAAGAGACGGGAUUUGAUCGGCAAGCAUCAAUGUUGCUGCUUGGAAGACGGAGACUGUUGUUCCCUGUACUGUCAGGAUGUGUCCUGAUUCUCUUGCUUGUAAACCCAGCCCUGGGUGCUUCAGAUAGCCUGGAGGAUUUGAAUUUAAGCUACAGGACUGCUCAGCCUUUGGAGCUGACGCCCAAGCUGUCGCUCCAACUGAAGCUGCACGCCUUCCUGCUGUGGUCGUCCGUCGGCUUCCUGAUGCCGGUCGGGGUGCUGCUGAUCAGGGUCUCGAGCAACGUCAGAAGCGCCAAGUCCGUCAGGGUCCUCUUCUACUGCCACGUCGCUGCGCAGAUCGCCGCCGUGGUGCUGGCCACCGCCGGCGCGGUUCUGUCGGUGAAGAACUUCGAGAACGCGUUCAACAACACCCACCAGAGGAUCGGGCUGGCCCUCUACGGCCUUAUCUGGCUCCAGCCAGUCAUCGGCUUCAUCAGACCCGACAGGGGCGUGAAGGCGAGGAGCGUGUGGUACCUGGCGCACUGGCUCCUGGGCAUCGUGGUGUGCGUGGUGGGGGUGGCCAACGUGUACAUCGGCCUCCACACGUACCGGGAGAGGACCGGGAGGAGCGUCGGGCUCUGGACGGUGCUGCUCACCGUCGAGGUGUCGGCGGUGGCGCUCGCCUACCUCCUCCAGGACAGGUGGAACCACGUCGUGCGGCUGCGGCAAGAAGAAACCGCCGCCGUCGGAGACGGGCGGUCCGAGACGACGACGGAGGAGCCGGCGUACCCGGCCAACGAUCACAAGGAGGUGGCCGUGAUGCCGUAGAACGCCGAUGGGAGCGGACUGUUCAUGCUCGGUGACCGUUCCUGGAUUAUUGCAUUUUCAAUCGC